AUGUGGCCCUCCUUCAUGUGUGGUGCAGGUGGGGCCCUGGACUUUUCUGAGGCUGAGCUUCCUACUUGGACAGUGAGAGCUGGGCCUCGCUGUGGGACCCAGUGGGAUGAGCCACGGCAAACCCCAAGGUACCUUCUUGUAGAGCCGGCAGACAGCAACCCCUCGUCAGGGACCUCGUCACCCUCCCAGCCGGGCACCAUCACCCCAGAGGACCUGGAACUCCUCCUGGAGGAAGGGCUGGCCAGCUCUGAGCCCUUGAGUCUGGAGGAGAUCUCGGAGAGGUAUGAGUCCAGCUGCCUUCCGUCCACCACUUCGGUCCCAGAGCAGGACACCCACAAGCGCUGGAAGCAGCUGGAGCUGUGGGUGGCCGACCUGCAGGCCGAGGUGGUGUUGCUGCGGGGACACAAGGCCUGCUGCGAGCGUACCACACUGAGCCUGCUGCGGGAGCUGCUGCAGGUGCACGCCUGCUUGCAGCUGCAGGACUCAGAGCUGAAGAGGCUGCAGCAGGCGACUCAGGCCCCCGAGAAGGAGACUCUCCAGUUCCUCAGCCUGCAGAACCAGAACCAGACGCAGGCCCUGGACAAGAGAUUGGUGGAGGUCCAGGAGGCCCUGACCCAGAUCAGGAGGAAGCAGGCACUCCAGGACUCUGAGCGGAAGGGCGCCGAGCAGGAGGCCAGCCUUAAGUUGUCUGAGCUGACCGAGAAGCUGAAGCAGGAGGAAUGGGACCGGGAGGUGGCCUGUGGAGCCCUGGAGAAGAGCCAGAAGGAGGCCAGCCAGAGGGUGGACCAUGAGGUGGCCAGUAUGCAGGCCCAGAUGACCAAGCUCAGGGAGGAGAUGAGCCUCCGCUUUCUCAAGAGGGAGGCCAAGCUAUGCAGCUUCCUGCAGAAGAGCUUUCUGGCCCUGGAGAAGAGGAUGAAGUCCUCAGAGAGCGCACGGCUGCGGGUGGAGAGCGGCCUAUGGGAGGAGCUGGAGAGCAAGUGGCAGUAACUCCGGGAGCUGGACGCAGAGCGCACGCGGGCCCUGCAGGGGCAGAGGCAGGAAGAGUGCCACCUCCUGGAGCAGUGUCAGGGCCUGGACAAGGCCGUGGUCCAGCUGACCGAGUUUGUGUGUCAGAACCAAGCAUCGCUGAGCCACGUCCUGCUGGCCGAGCAGAAGGCCUGGGAUGCUAAGGGGCAGUUGGAGAAUAGCCGGGCCAGGGAGCUGGCUACCUCCCUGCAGGAGAGCCUGGAGGCCAUGCAGCUGGCCAGCGAGCUGGCCCAGCAGGAGAUGCACAGUGCCCUGGAGCUGGUGAGGCGGCGGGGCCAGGGCCGGGCCCGCAGGGUUCCCCGCCUGUGCAGGCAGGUGAAGGACAUGAGUGACCACUUACUGGCCCUGAGCUGGAGGCUGGACCUGCAGGAGCAGACACUGAGCCUGAGGCUGUGUGAGGCACAGAAUGAGUGGGGAGUUGCAGAGCAGCGAUGGCGGGAAGGCCUGGCCCGGUGUCGAGAGGAGGCCGAGGCGCACCUACGGGAGGCGCAGCAGAGAGUGGACAGCCUGCCCUGGCAGAUAGAGGCCGUCGCCGACAGGUGCAUCCUUCACAAGAGUGACUCAGACCUCAAGAUCGCCGAGGCCAAAGCCAGAGAGUUCGAGGGCGAGGCCGUGAGGCAGGAGCUGGCUGCUCUGCUGUCCUCUGUGCAGCUGCUCAGAGAGGGCAACCGCGGGCGGAAGAUUGCCGAGAUCCAGGGCAAGCUGGCCAUGUUUCAGAACCAAAUGAUGAAGUUGGAAAGCAGCAUCUAGGACAACAAGACCAUCCAGAAUCUCAAGUUUAAUACAGAAACCAAGCGGCGCACGGAGGAGAUGGCCACUCUGCUGUCAAGCGUGAUGCACAUGUGGAGCGAGGUGGGCCGCCCCGACGCUAGGCAGCAGGAGGUCCUCAUGUCCCUGGUGAGGCAGCAGGUCUUCAUCAAGGACGUGGCCCCCGACGAGGUGGUCCCCGUGAACCACUGGGGCGUGUACCAGGCCGUGAGGUGGCUGCGGUGGAAAGCGGUCCUCAUGAAGCUGGCAGCCUGGCGGAGGCCAAGGGCGGUCUGGGAGAAGCCCCUCGACUAG